UUUUUAAAAGGGAAGAAAUAAAAGAAGAGAAAUGGAGUGAAGUUGAUGAAAUGAGGAGUGAAAAUGAAAAGAAUGUUGAUGAUUUGUUUAAAAGUGCAAAAAAUGGUGAGGAAGAUAAUAAAGAAGUAUUUGAAGAGAAGAAAAGUUUAUUUUCUUUUGUUAAAGCUAAAGAAGAAAGAAAUGAGGAGGAGGAAGAAAAUAAUGGAGAAGAAAAAGAUUGGGUAAUAAAUAAAGGAUUUGGAAGAAGAGAGGAAGAAGAGGAGGAGAGGAGAAAAGAAAUAAGAGAAGAUGGAAGUCAAUCAAAUUUAUUUAAUAAUUUUUAUGAAAAUAAUAAUUGGAAUAAUAAUAAUGAUGGUCAAUUUAAAUUUUGGCAAUGGAAAGAAAAUUAUAUGCCAAAAAUGGGUGGUGGAAGAUGGUGGGAAAUGUGGGGAAGGGAAGAAAAUGAUGGAGAAGAAAGUAAUAAUAAAGUAUUUAAUUGGAAUGGAUUAAUGGAAAAUAAAUGGAAAAUAGAUAAUGAUUGGUGGAAAGAUGAAAAUUAUGUAAAUAAAGAUUUUUUUAUUCCUAUAAAUGGUUUACCUCGUAUAAAUGGACAAUAUUGGAAGGGAUUUAAUGAAAUUGAAGAUAAAAAUGAAAUGAAAAAAAUAAAUAAAGAGGAGACAAUUGAAGAAGUAGAAGAAAAAGUUCAAGUAGAUGAGGAGGAGAAUAAAAAAGAAGAAAAUAAUAAUGGAAGGUUCUCUUGGGGAGGAAUAUUUAAUAGAAAUGAAAAUAAUGGAGAAAAAAAGGGAAAUUGUUGGUGGAAGAAAAUAUUAAAUGGAAUUGGAAAUGUUGCUAAAAUGUUUGUUAAAGGAGAUUCAAAUGAAAAAAGUGAAAAUUUGGAUAAAUUAGAUAAAUUUGAAAAAGAUAAUGAAUGGAGUAAAAAAGAAAAUAAGGAAGAAUUUAUUGAAAAAGAAGAAAUUAUUGAAGUUAAAACAGAAAAGAAGGAAGAAGAUGAAAUAAUUGAGAAGAAAGAUAAGGAAGAAUUUGUUGAAAAAAGAAAAUCUGGGGAAAGGAAGGGUAGCCAUUGGUGAAAAGUUUGAUACAUUGGAUCAGGGGCGGGUGCAAGAGAAAAUUUUUUGAAUUUAGAAAG